AAAUCGCCUCAAUCCAAACCAUCCACCAAAUCGUCCGCUCCGCAAAAAAUCGUCCCCUCAUCUCAUUGCUGAGCUUGCGCGUGGUCCUCUUGUUUAUCCCCAACAAGCUGAUAAAAAAAUCCGGCCUCCCCCCAUGGAUAACUUAAUCCCAAAAAUCUGUUCUUGCGCAGCGACGAGCGGUAGAGGAGGAAGAAGCAAUCUUCUGUAAUUCCAGCGAUAGUUUUUGUAGAGACAAGCACGGGUGGGGGAACAAACCAUAUUUCUUCGGUUUUUCCGUCGGGACGCAAGAAUGUACGCUGCUCAAACGCUGCCGUUUCCAAAGCUCACUAAACACAGUCCCCGAACAAAGAACUACCAAAAAGUGACUUCUUUACAGAACCCACCUUUCGGGUUUCUCAAUUCGGGCAAAAGGGUGUCCGAAUCAAGAGCUGGCCCGAAAAGAGGUGGCUCUUUUACGGCGAUCAUGUGUGCUGCGGCUCAGGAUAAGCGAACGGUCGACGAGCAAGAUAAAUUUGGCGUUGAUGGAUAUUAUAUGAGGAGAUGUGUGGAGCUCGCGAAGAAGGCAAUAGGGUCGACCAGCCCCAAUCCGAUGGUUGGGUGUGUGAUUGUGAAUGGCGGGAAAAUUGUUGGUCAAGGGUUUCAUCCCAAAGCUGGUCAACCUCAUGCCGAGGUUUUUGCUUUAAGGGAUGCUGGAGAUUUAGCUGAGAAUGGGACAGCAUACGUGAGCUUAGAGCCAUGCAACCAUUACGGAAGAACGCCACCUUGCACCGAGGCAUUAAUCAAAGCCAAAGUGAAAAAAGUAGUGAUUGGCAUGGUGGACCCUAAUCCUCUUGUGGCAUCGGCCGGAGUUAAAAAGCUUCAAGAUGCCGGCAUUCAAGUGACUGUUGGGGUUGAGGAGGAAAUGUGCCAAAGGCUUAAUGAGGUCUUUGUCCAUCACAUCCUCACGGGAAAAUCUUUUGUUACUCUCAGGUAUUCCAUGUCACUGGAUGGUCACAUACUAAAUCAGCUCGGUGAAGAAGCUACUGAGUGUGGUGGAUAUUAUUCUAAAUUAUUGCAGGAAUAUGACGCCAUCAUACUUUCUUCAACGGCACUGGCCGACAAGUCUUCCUUUCCAUUUUCAAAAGAACCGGGGGCCAAUCAACCCGCAAAGAUCAUAUUAUCAAAAUCUCCAAGUUCGCAGAUUCAGAUUCCCAUUCUCGAUGAUGUGGAAGCUUCUAAACUAACGAUAGUCUCUGAGCCACAGACCGUUCAAGAAGGCAUCAAGACACGGUCUUUCGAGAAAAUAAAUUUACGUGAAAUUCUUGAAGAUUGCAAGAGUCAAGGGCAAUGUAGUGUGUUAAUUGAUUUGAGAGGUAAUAGUUUGGAUUUUGAGGAUAUUCUUAAAGAGGGAUUCGAAUUAAACUUGUUUCAGAAGGUGGUGGUGGAGGUUUUGCCGUUUCUGGGCAGCGAUAGAGAACAUGUGUUGAAGCAUAUGGAUUUAAAAUCAAAUGUUCGAAAUUUGACGUCGUUUGUUUCGGGCAAGAGUGUGAUACUAGAGGGAUAUUUUUGAUUAAGUUGUGUCCGGUUCUUACUUGAUGAGGGUAUUUUUUGGUUUCUUUCGACAUUGAUAAUACUAGAGAAGAAGACUGAUUUGUGAGGGUGUAAUUUUCUGAUUCUCUUGUUUUGGUCAUGGUCUCAUGCUGAAAGAGAUCGAGAUAAUGAAUCUCAUGCAGUUACUGUAAAAGACACACUAACAAGUAACAACAUUUUUCAAUUUCCAUCAUGUGUUCUCACU